AUGAAAAAGAAAAAUUUCCAUUUCAAUAAAAUUCAAGAACUUGAAAAUGCUAGCAAUAAUCCUCUCUUAUUUUGGAAAACGCUCAAAAAUAGUAGUGAUGAGCUUAACUCUAAUGAAAACAAGAAAAUGCCACAACCAAAUGAGUGGUUGAAUCAUUUUGAAACACUUCAUUCUGAACACCACCUAAACAAAGAACAGAACGAAAUCAUUGAUUGUCUAAAAAACUACGAAAAAAUCAAAGACGACUUGACUGAACUUGAUGGCAUCAUCACAGAAGAAGAAUUGAGAAAAGCAGCUAAAAACCUAAAGCCCAAAAAAGCUGCUUAUAAUGACAAAAUCAGAAAUGAAAUGAUUAUAUCUAGUAUUGAAACUCUCUCGAAAUGUUUUAUGAAAGUUUUCAACAACGUUUUAACAUCGGGGAAGUUUCCUGAAUCAUGGACCGAAGGUUUAAUAACCCCGAUCCAUAAAUCGGGAAACUCCCUUGACCCAAACAACUACCGAGGUAUAUGUGUCUCAAGUUGCUUGGGCAAAUUAUUUUGCUCAAUUCUAAACAAUAGAUUGAUGAAUUUUGCCAACGAAAAGAAACUAAUUCACCGAACACAAAUUGGAUUUAUGCCUGGAAUGAGAACGGCUGAUCAUAUUCUCACACUGAAAUCUCUACAUGACAAAUACAUUAAACAGAGCAAUAACGAAAAAAUCUAUGCAUGUUUUGUCGACUUCAGAAAAGCCUUCGACUCUGUUUGGCAUCAAGGUUUAUUUUAUCAACUAAUUAAAAACAACAUAGGAGGUCACUUCUAUGACUUAAUCCAAGACCUGUACUCGAGCACGAAAUGUGCUAUAAAACUUUCAGAAAACAGAACACCGUUUUUCCCCUACAAAAAGGGAGUCAGACAGGGAUGCACUCUAAGUCCCCUAUUGUUUAAUAUUUAUAUUAACGACCUUCCUAAACUAUUUGAACAAGCUCAAUCCGACCCUUUUAUAUUACCAAACGGAACUGCUAUCAACAGUCUCUUAUAUGCAGAUGAUCUAAUUAUACUUUCACGAUCAAAACAUGGUCUACAAAAUUGUUUGAAUCAGUUACACGAAUGGUGUAGUAAAUGGCUUAUGGAAGUCAACAUCAAAAAAACAAAAGUUAUGAUUUUUCAAAAACACAACUCAAAAUUACCAAACCUUCACUUCCACAUUGGAAAUAAGAAGAUAGAUAUAGUUAAAGAAUAUACCUAUCUUGGCUUAAAACUCGUGCCAAAUGGCAAGUUUAAACUCGCACAACAGCAGUUAAGCGAAAAAGCUUUGCAUGCUCUUUAUAAAAUUCGUAAAAAUCUAGACUUUCACAAACUCUCACCGAAAACUGCUACAAAAAUUUUCGAAUUGAUCAUCACCCCCAUUCUAUUAUACAACUCAGAAGUUUGGGGAGCAUAUGAAAAGAAUGAUCUAAAUAAAUGGGAUAACUCAGACACAGAAAAGGUUCAUUUAAGAUUUUGCAAGCUAUAUUUGGGUGUUAACAGAAAAGCAAGCAAUAUAGCUUGCAGAAGUGAAAUCGGAAAGUAUCCUCUUCUGAUUACAAUUAAAAAGAAUAUAAUAAAUUAUUUUAAACAUAUUUAUAAACUAGACGACAACUCAAUAGUUAAACAAUCUUUAUUAAUGUCUAAACAACUAUAUGAAAUAGGCAAAGAAUCUUUCUAUGCUAACUCAAUAAACAUGCUAAAACCAUUCUACGAUAAAAUUACAAAUUUUGAAUGUGACAUAAUCAACUACGAUACAAAAACCGUCGUAAAGAAAAUGAAAGACAAAUACGUUGAAUUCUGGCGACAAAAAAUGAUCAACUCCUCCAAACUCUCUUUCUUUUGUGAAUUCAAAAAUGAAUACAAAAUGGAAGAAUACUUAUCCCUUAUUCAAAAUCCAACAAUAAGAAGAACAUUUUCCCAAUAUCGUAUAAGCAACCAUAAGUUACAAAUUGAACGGGGAAGAUACGAAAAUAUACCCCGAGAAGAACGUAUCUGUAAACUAUGUGAUUCUGGCGAAGUGGAAAACGAAUUUCAUUUCGCCGUCGCAUGCCAAAAUUACCAACACUUACGAGACAACUCAAACAACAUUCUCAAAAACAUGUUUGAUCUCAAAAUAACAAAAGAAACUAAACAAAAAUUACUUCAACACACGAUGUCAUCGGACGAUCCUGUUUUAGUAAAUCUAUUUUCUAAUUAUUUAUUUCUCUGCACAAAAGAAAGAGAAGAUAGCCUCAAAUCUCUGGUAACCCAAAACAACCCAAAAACAAAUUAG